AUGGACGACGCUGGUCUUCACGAACAGAUCCGUCCAGUUCCAGCCUCAAUACCAGACGCAGAGCAGGAUGGCAGCAAGGACGACAUCUCAAUCCAGGUUGACCCUGCUCGUUUGGACGAUAAGCAAGGCCUGUCGUUGAACGUGGAUCUUCACCCCAAUACCAGCCAUGAGCACACAGGUCACCACCAUGCAGAGGUACGGGCAAGACACCGAUAUACGAUCCGUCGACCACGGGCCCUUCAGUUCUCGUACCGAAGACAGGUCGUCCACGCCGGAGACGAACGCGGAGCUCGUGAGUCAGCAGGUCGGUCGAGCAUAUCCAGCCACCUCCCCGAAGAUAUCGCCAAGGAGAGGGAAAGACUGGAUCUCUUCAUCGACCUGAUCUGGGUGGGCAUCAUCGGCAAUCUCUCAGAGGUAUUCUCGUCAUUAGGAUUCAGGCCCGAAGACCCAGACCUGGGGCUCGCAGCGCUUGUGUUUAUCCUGGUCUUCUUGCCCUCGUGGCGCAUCUGGGACGCCAUGCGCGAGUUCUUGAACAACUACUACAUGGACGACAUGGUGCAGCGGGCCUUCACCCUGUGGGUUCUGGUGCUCUCGGUCUUCUACGGCAACCAGCUGGCCUAUCUGACCGAAAACAUCGACGAGGUCAAGCAGUGGGUCAUCUCGACGUAUCUCGUCAUCUUCGGCGCCUUCGGGCUCAUCGAACUGGCCUAUUCGGUCUUCAUCAAAUGGCUGCGGAAACUCGUCAUUCUCCAAACCAUCCUCCGACUCCGGUCAAUCGCGCUCUGGGUCGUCGCCAUCGAGGUUUCGGGGGCCCGUGCCAUCGGGCCCGUCUGUGGUGCCAUCUUCUGGGAGUAUCUCUGUCCCGUUAUCAUCGAGUCACAACUCACAGAGACACUGACGCCGAUCGAGGUCAGAAAGGCGCUAGACGUGCACCACUUCCAAUCGCGCAUGUCCAACUUCUUCAUCAUCAUCCUCGGCGAGGGCGUCCUGCAACUCAUCAAGGACGGACCCUUGGGUCUGGGCCUCCGUGGGAGCACGGGGGACAUGGUCUGGAUCCUGCUGAUCUACUACGAAUUCUCAUUCCUCUACUUCAACCGCGACGGGAGCAUGACGUUCGUCCCGGCAGCCACCCACAAGGGGAAAAAGACCCUGACGUGGGUCUUUUGGCACAUCCCGCUCUUCUCCUCGAUCUUGACCUUCGCGUCUAGCGUCAUGUUCAUCAUCCGCCACCAGCCCGACGCGCCCUACACCUCGUCGCCGGCGGCCGGUGCGUCGUCGGAGGGACAGAUUGCACCAGAUGACCUGCCGCGCUACAUGUACCGCGCCGUGUGGACGUGCGCGACGUCGCUAGGGAUCAUCAUGCUCAGCAUGACGGCGCUGGCGCUGUUGGACAAGUCCCUCGACGAGCCGGCCACGCUCAAGAUCAACAACCGCUACAUCCGCCUCUCGGGCCGCGCCGUCUUCAUCGUCGUGAUCGUGUGCGUGCCCGCGACCCCGAACAUCGGCGCGGGCCUGUUUCUCGGCAUCGCCGCCUGCAUGCUGUUGGGUGUGACCGUCUGGGAGUGGAACGUCGGGCUGGACAGGGGCGGCGCGCUGAUCGAGCCGCUGGGUCUCACGCACAUGAUGAGUCGGGAGUUGAAGACCUGA